UAUUUGAAUUCUGUAUAUCUUAUGCUAAUAAGUGUAGACACAGUGGAUCAGCUGGUACGGUGGGCAGGUGCACGGCACUUGCGCGAGCGCAUCAUUAUCCGGAGCGUGCUCGCGGAGAUCCGGGGCUGGCCACCGCCUUCACUCGCCGCAGCAUCAGAACCCUCAAGGACAAUGAGCUCCGAGCGAGUCACCGCAUCCAUGCGUUAACCUCGCGCUAUUCCAGAGACCAGCUAUGAAUCAUGUAUGUGAUCGUACUUUCAAAUCUGCUCGCGUGCAUCCUCGCUUCCUGCCUCCAGCCGUCCGUGGCGUCAGCGUCAGCCGUGUCGGAGGCUGAGCUCCCCGGGGAGGCAGUGUCAUUGCUGCUCCAGAAGGAUGAUGCUGCAGCCGGACAGACGCACAACGCCAGCGGGCCGCAGGAGACACUCACAUACCCGUCUCGCCUCAUCUACUACCGGAACGAAGCUUCGGAGAGCACCUACCGUGACCUGAACACUCGCGCUAAAAUUCCUGACCCACAUGGACAGGAGGUCCAUCUCGCUCAGGCUUCAUUUCAACUUCAGGCCUUUGGAUCACAAUUCAUUCUGGACCUCUCAUUAAACAAUGACCUGCUGUCCUCAGACUAUGUGGAGAUAUGCUAUGAGAAUGGGAAGCCCAUCCUAUGGAAGGGUGGAGAGCACUGUUAUUAUCACGGCCAGAUCAGAGGGAAUGACAACUCUCGUGCAGCUCUGUCCACUUGUAACGGUUUACAUGGCAUGUUUGAUGAUGGAGUCCAUGUGUACACAAUUGAGCCACUUAAACAGAAUCACUCUAUGGAGGGAGCAGCGAGACCACAUGUGUUACGCAGGACCACUAUCCUGCAGCAAACCACACCUGCAGGAGAGGAAGGCACGGAGGAGGAUUUGUCUUGGCUUCGACGGAGGAAAAAGAGAGCUAUGCCGAGGAACGUGUUCGAGGAGAUGAAGUACAUCGAACUGAUGAUCGUCAUUGACCACAGCAUGUUUAAGAGACUGAAGACCAAGCAACAAACACGCAACCACGCCAAAUCUGUGGUCAACCUGGUGGAUGCUAUCUUUAAGGAACACCUGAACACUCGCGUGGUGCUGGUGGCGGUGGAGAUCUGGACGGACAAGGAUCACAGUCCCGUUAGCGUGAUUCCGUUCGAGAUGCUGCGAAACUUUUCCAAGUACAGGCAGCAGCACAUCAGGCAGCACGCAGACGCAGUGCAUCUGUUCUCUAAUGUGACGUUUCACUACGCCCGGAGCAGCCUGGCGUAUUUCGGAGGGGUGUGUUCCGUCAGUCACGGGGUUGGUAUCAUCGAGUUUGGCUCUACGUGGACGAUGGCACCUCUGCUGGCCCAGAGUUUGGCUCAGAAUCUUGGCAUUCAAUGGGAUUCAGUAUCAAAGAGAAAGGAUUGUGGGUGCACAAACUCCUGGCUGGGCUGUAUCAUGGAGGACACUGGGGUCCAGCACCCGCGGACUUUCUCUAAGUGCAGUAUCACUGAUUUUAAAGAGUUCCUGUUGAUGGGAGGAGGAUCCUGCCUCUUUAACAAACCCAGCAAGCUGUUUGAAGACACGGAGUGUGGAAAUGGAUAUGUGGAAGUGGGGGAAGAGUGUGACUGCGGACCGAGAGAAGAGUGCAUUAAAGAGUGCUGUAAAAAGUGUUCUCUGUCUAAUGGUGCUCACUGCAGCGACGGACCCUGCUGCAAUAACACAUGUCUGUUCUAUCCUCGAGGUUACUCGUGCCGCUAUGCAGUGAAUGACUGUGAUAUUUCAGAGACGUGCUCAGGAGACUCAGGGCUGUGCCCUCCCAAUCUACACAAGCAGGACGGUCACUUCUGCUCGCUCAACCAGGGACGCUGCUAUGCUGGAGAGUGCAAGACGAGAGACAGCCAGUGUAAAUAUGUGUGGGGACCAAAGGCUGCGAGUUCGGAGAAGUUUUGUUAUGAGAAGCUGAACACAGAGGGCUCAGAGAAGGGCAACUGCGGUCAAGACGGAGACAAAUGGAUCCAGUGCAGUAAGCAUGAUGUGUUUUGUGGCUAUCUGCUGUGCACUAACACUGGCAGAAUGCCUCGGAUUGGGACUAUGAAAGGAGAAGUCACUCCCACAAAUUUCAACCAUCAGGGCAGACUGAUCGACUGCAGCGGUGGUCACGUCUUGCUGGAUGAUCAGACCGAUCUCGGGUAUGUCGAGGAUGGGACUCCAUGCGGCCCGUCUAUGAUGUGUCUGGACAGGAAGUGCCUCCCUAUUCAGUAUCUGAACCUCAGCUCCUGUCCCUCCGGACCCAACGGACACGUCUGUUCCAGCCACGGGGUUUGCAAUAAUGAGGCGACGUGUACGUGUGACACAACCUGGGCGGGGACGGACUGCAGCAUGCCCGACCCUCCGAAAGAACCGCCCCCUGAUGAAGACGAGGGACCCAAGGUCCUGAGUAAACUCAAGAGGCCUUUGUGACAUGACAUGCGCUCUUCACUCCCUGUCUCUUUGCGGAGGCGCUGGCUGACAAACGCACCUGGUACAGGUCUGCAUGACCAUGUCCAGAAAUGCUGGCAUUUCACUCUCUCACACAGUUAUCCAUCUGCAUGGGGGUGUGCAGGAAAUGCAUCAUUUCAUGACCAAUGAUGUCAUCUGAAGGGCCGCUCACAUUGACAGCAAUUCACCGGAGGUUGUCGAGUCGCAGUAAAUCUAGCAGAUGUGAUGCUGACUGCUCAUGUUCGAUGUUCGCAGUUGGGUCUAUGACAUGGAGCUCAUUGGGUUUGUCCAGAUCUACAAAUAUACCAUGAAUGCAAUUCAUACAUACGUUAACCUAAACAGACAUUUCAAUGAUGAGCAUGUUUUUCAUUUUUUUUGCAUUAGUAAAAAUGUCAGCAACUGUUCUGAUUUAAAAAAAAUCGAUUUACUCCAUCAUAAUGGUUAAAGUCUGGUGAUAGCAUAUCCUUUUUCAUGAAAAGGCAAGUACAGCUCAUGUUACAUUUCAUAUGUAUAAAAACAAUGGUUAUUCAGUGGUGUGCACUCACAUGUGUUCAAAGUGUAAGGAAAAUGUUUAUAUAGUUUCUAUUAGUUAAAGGGGUACUUCACCCCAAAACUAAACUUUUCAUUGAUCACUUAUUCCUCGUGUUGGGUAUAAACCCGUAAAAGCUUUCUUUGUCCUCGAACUACAAUUUAAGAUAUUUUGGAUGAAAACAGGGAGGCUUCUGACUGACUGCCAAGGUCCAGAAAAGUGCGAAAGAAGACAUCAUCUGAAUGCACCAUCUGCCAUCAGUGAUUCAAUCUGAAUGUCUUGAAGUGACAAGAAUAUUUUCGUAUGCAAAGAAAAUAAAAAUCACUGCUUUAUUCAAUAAUGUGUUUCUCCCCAUCACUGUAGAGCCAUUUUAGAGAAUAUUGUGGAGUGGCUGACACAGAAUAGUGGAAGCAGUGCUUUCAAGCGAAAUUCUCCAAAAUGGCUUUUUCGGUGACGAAGAGAGAAACGGAGGAGAGCUGAAUUUUAAUUUUACAAAAAGUAUUCUUGUCAUUUCAUAACACUGAUGGCAGACUAUUCUGGACCUUAACAGUGUUCAUUACUUCAACCUACCAAGUACUUCAACACUUUUACUGGUUUGGAACGACGUGAUCGUGAUCAUUGAGUGAUAUCAAUUAAUAAUUAGCAGUACACUAGCAGUUAUUAACUGUUUGAAAAACACAUUUGCUCUUUGUUGCAUAAAUUGCUGUCGGUGUGAACGCCCUUGAGACCUACACCCCAUCAAUAGAUCACAUGUUCACUGAGUGUGGUCUGUUCUCAAAGCAGUCCAUUUCCACUGAAGUAGCCCAUUGCCAGUCAAUCGCCCUUGUCCCUGUCCGCCGAUGUAAGGCAUGGCAACAGUGCUAUAAUUUGUAGUAAAGAUCGUUCUGCUUCAGUUCCACAAUGUGUAAACGACUUCAGUGCAUAAGCAACGCAUUUCAGCCAUUGCAGAGCAUGUGCAGAUAGUUCGUUAGAUUGUAGAAUUUCAUUUCUCUUAUUUGAUUUCUGUGGAACUGAAACAGAAUCUCAGUUACGGUGAUAAGUGUUUUGCUUUCCAAUAACUUUUCUUUUCCCUCUUCUUCCAAACAACUAGAAACGUCAAACGCCGCGGGUACGACCCAAACGCUUCUGCCAUCUAGUGGAAGGAACGCUCCAAUCACCAGAGCUUCUCUAUUCAGCUGGGCUGCUGUUCUUGCUGCUCUUUUCUGGCAUUAGUUAUACUUGAAAAUGUCACACAUAAUAGUAAAGAAUUCAACCAACAAUACCUUAGUUAUGUAGCUCCACCCCCUUUUUAAACACCACCGUCUUUCACUGAGCCAUCUUUAUUGACAUAUCUCCCUCUACCCUAGCAGCCAAUCAGAUCAUUCUUACGUUACAGAAGCAUGACGUCACACGGGCCUGGCCUUGGCGCCUGUUUGAAGGUUUUGCAUGGCUAAUACCCAUAUUCAGCAGGAUACAGCAUAACAACCUAUAAAGAGCAUAAAUAUUACCCACACAGUCUCAGACCGCCUUCAUUUCUUGAUUGCCUAUUUAAUGGAAAUAAUUGAUAGCUGCAUGGCUUAGCCUUAGAGAGACAUAUUGAGUUGAACUCAUGGGAUGGAUUUUACAUAUAAAUGGCCAGAGACAAUAAUAGCUCGUGCAAAAAUGAAAAUUCUGUCAUUAGUUUCUACUUUUGUGUUUUUCCAAUACUGUGUGAAUUUUUUUCUUCAGUGGAACAAUAAUUAUUUUGGCAACCGUACUCCAUAAUCUGAAAGUGAAUGGAGACAUGGUCUUAUAAUGUCAAAAAAAGCAGACUCAAACUACCAUAAUAUAAAUAAACACUAUAUAAACGACUAUAUGACGAGACUAAAUGUAUCAGAAAGCCAAAAUAAGUCAGAAAUCAAAACAGUGUUUCUGCAAGCUUUCUCUCUGGAUAAGUAUAUCAUCUAUUUAAACUAAUACUUAACCACUAUUCAAAAUAUAUAAGAAGUCUUUUUGGUUAUAAAAUGCACUUAUUUAAAUACACAGAUUUCACAGUUUGAACCUUCUUGAUUCCUCUUAUAUUCAAGAUAUAGUAGGCAAAAUCACUUUUGGCAAUAAAGUUCGCAUUAAAUAAAAGUUUGCAUACGUUGUUUGACGUAUAGGCGCUUCUUCCAGAUGGAUCAAGGCAUUUUGGAUAUUUUUAGAAACCGGGUUUCAGAGUGGAUAAAUCCACCUGCGCGUUUUCGUGUGGACAGUGAGUCCGUUUAUUCUCUGAAACCAUGCCUUCAUUGGCCAAGCACCACCGAAGAGAUUGCCUGUUUUAGCAUGUAAAGCAACCGUUUACAGUUCAUUUUGUUUAGUGUCACGUGUAGGGGCGAGGAAAUGUAAAGGCACCGUGCCUGCAAUAACAAGUCAGCCUGCAAUUCAAUAUAUCAGAUGGCGUCCGAGGCUGAGACUAGCUGAGUUUUGGCCUACUAGAGGUUGGAGCAUUAAACUGCAUGCUACAUACACGAGGAGGAUCGGUGGUCCCCUUAAAUGUUCUCUGCCUGAAGUCUUCCUAAUAACCUACCUGUUUUGGUUCAGUCGUGGUCAAGCGGAAAUGAAUAUGCUGUCACCAUACAAAAUUGCAGAGAGAAAAAAAGUGAAUAAUGACAGAAUUUUUAUUUUGGGGUGAAUUAUCUCUUUAUGGUGAAAUCUAAUUUCAUUUAUAACGUAAUUUUACUUUUCAUACAUUUAUUUUUUUGUUGCCUUGUGCUUUGUUUUUUUUAAGGAGCACAUUUAGUGCCCAUUUCUACAGAUGUUUGUGACAUUUUUAGCAAACGUUUAUUCCAAGUAUGUUAUUAUAACAACGUUUAUUUCGUAUAAAUGCUGUGUGUUAGUUGUGCUUGUGCAUAUCUGGCACACCGCGCGUUGAUUUGUCUGUUAUUUGUCGGUCUAUGAUCAAACACAUCUAUAGAAUGAGAUGCUGAAUGGGACGGUGACUCUAAGCCAAAGAUCUAAAGUAAAGACGUAAGUUUGCAAUAUAUAUAUAUAUAUAUAUUACUGUGAUAUUGUUUCCCCUGAUGAGGCGAGGUAGUGUUAUGGUAACUGAUCACCCGAAAUACAUGCAAUAACCUGAUCAGUCCUACCUUGUUUCAUCUGUUUAACUUUGCCACUCAAUUGUAAUUGUACAGAUGGUCAGAUAUUAUUCAGACUUUACUAUAUGGCCUUUCUCAUCGUCCAUCUCCCUCAGCUGUCAGGGCUGCUAACCCUACUGGAAAUGAUUGCUUUGCUGCAUGAAUUUACUAUAGUGGGCUUAUUACUCUGUACGUAUGAAGUAUGAGUGCCCGACCCAUAGGAAUAUGUAUAGUACAGAGACUGUGCUGUGCUGUGUGUGCAUGUCAGCUACAAAACUUUUAUUUACUAUGCAAACAAACUUGUUGCACAAAGCGAAGGGUUAAAACAUUAAAACACCACAACCGACGUAUCACAGCUGACCCUGUUUUUUUAGCCAUGAUGUGAUAGUUACGCCGAGCUUCAGGAAAAAUAACAUUUUGUUGCUUAUUAUCCUUUAAUGAAAAGGAAUGAAUGUAUUAUCUUUUGUUAAAAAAGCAACUCAUUUUUGCAAAUUACAAUAAUUCCCAGGUUUUUUUUUCACAUUUACGGUUCAAUUUUGGACACUCGCCUUUGAUAUUUCCUCUGUUUUUCAUCAGCACUGUUUAUCAGCCUAAAUGUUUCUCUAUUUAUCUGCUGCUGUUACUCUGAACUGUAAGAAAAAGUCAUCGAAGUAAACAAUAAAACCAACAGUAUUUUACA